AUGGAACAAGCGACCAACGCGCAUGACGAGCUUAGCCUCGAGCUCACCCUGGUCGCCACCGUGGGAGUGGCGCCGGCAGCGCCUCGCUUCUUCCUCUGCGCCUACUGCGACCGCAGGUUCCUCACUGCGCAGGGGCUCGGCGGCCACCAGAACGCGCACAGGCAAGAGCGCGCCCUUGCCAGGCUCCACGGUGAUGCCGCUGCUGACAUGCACGCCUCCCGGGCAUGGAAGGCUGCUGCUCGGAUGCCUGAGGGGCCCGAGGACGAGGUGCCGGCGGCGGGUGGCAUGGCGCACAAGCGCGGCAGCAGCUGGCCGGAGCCUGACCAAGAGCUGGACUUGUCCCUCCGGCUGUAA